GUUAAUUGUGAACCACUCCACUCCAGAAAACUUAAAGGGCUGUUUGGUUCUUCCUUAUUCCUAAUUCCUAAACAAUGGACACUCUUUCUUCCCUUUCCACCUUCCCUCUUAUCCCUCUUAACUUUACUAAUUCCUCAAGCAAUAACCAAACACGUCUAAUCAACCAAAGUGGUAAAUCAUUAAUUAAUUAUCACCUUAAUCCUAAAUUAAGAAACUCAACAAAACAAUAUUAUAAUUGUAUCAAAGUUAGGCAAUUGGAGGUGAGGGUGAAAGCAAUAGAUGAUGUUUCAGGAGCAAUUGGAGAUCCAGCUCAAGCUCAACUUACUUGGCAAAUCAUUGUUGGCUCUCUAGCUGGUGUCAUACCUUUUAUUGUUGCGGGAAUUGAAUUCAGCAAAAGAAUUGCAGCACAAAGAAGGUGUGAGGUUUGUGGAGGUUCGGGAUUAGUUUUAAGGGACAAAAAAUACUAUUUCAAGUGCCCUGGUUGUGGGGGUUUUCUACCAUGGCAAUCUUGGAAAAGAUUCUUUUCGGGAUGAUAUAGGGGUUGUUUGGUUAUAAUAUUCGAUCGUGAGAAGAAAAAAUGUUUUCCAACUACAGAGAAGAGAUUAAUAGAAAUUAAGUGAAUUUACUUACCAAUGUUUAUACAAAAACCCUCUAUUAUGUACACCUAGUCGACCAGCUUAUGUCAAAAACAUAGGUUAGCACUAUGAAAUUACACCUUUUUUUAUUUUUUAUUUUAUCUUA